AUGGCGAGGGGGGAUGAAGACGGGGUGAUCGGCGGCGGCGAAGGGGCGGAGCCCAUCGGUCAGGAGGUCACAGUUGGUGCCACGGCGGUGGUAGCUGAGGGGAAUGGCGGUGGCGCAGGGGCGGAGCCCAGCGGCGGGGACGCCACGGCCGGUGCCACGGUAGUGGCGGCUGCUGGUGACCCGGGGGUCGCUGGAGGGAGUUCAGUGGCGGUCGCUGCCGGUGAGGGUGCCGAUGUGGCGGCAGUAGGGGGCUCCGGCAGCGGGGACGGAGGUUCGGGCAGCGGAGGCAGAGGCAGGGGCUCGGGCAGGCCUCUCACCCCUAUCGGGAGUUGUUUGCGGCUGCCGAUCGGGCGAGCGACGGGGGGAUAG